CGCCCACUCGUGACAAGCCUCCCCAAGCCUAACGAGGAAGCGUGGAGCGCGAAUAACAGUAGACUAUCAUGCAGCUGAGCGCGACUCAGCUGGCCGCGGCCGGGUCGGCUUCUGCGGGGAAGGCCGUUAAAGGGUUGGUGUGCUUCGACACGAGCUCGGCCAUUGGGGCCCUCCCGACUCUGGCACUCGCGCGAGUCUGCACCAGCGGGGGCACUUCUCUGGAAGGGAAGGACAAGAUCUCUAUCUCUGUUCACCACAUUGCUGCCAUUGGUGUUGGCGCUGGGGCAGGGUACACAGGAGACGAUGGAGGACUUCCUGCGCGGCGCGGAGACCCAGGAGCACGGAUCGACAGGCGCGAUAGCGGCCAGGAAAGCUUUCGGAGCGCGGGCAUUCAUGGGAGAGGUGCUCGAGGUGCUGCGGGAUUUCGCCCAAGAGACGGACACGUACGUAGUCCUGCCGGCUCUGCCAUCGUCGGGAAAGCCCCCGCUCGCGAGUCCGGGGCGGCUCCGCCGGCCUCAACUCCGGAGGCGACGGCGGCUCCCGCAGCGGCGGCGGCUGUCCCAGUAGCGGCGGCCGUUCCGGCGGCGGCGGCCCCAGCGACAGCGGCAGCAGCCUCGGCAUCCGCGGCACCCGCCCCCGCUGCGGCGCCCGCAACGGCGGGAGAGCCAAGCUCAGCGAUCGCAACAGCCCAGCAGCAGCAGGCAGCCAACCACCAGGUCAUGGUGUCGGCGGACGAAGCGUACAUGAAAGUGGUGCAAGCGGAAUCAGGCAACGCGGAGGUUCGUAGCUCGUUCCUCAAGGCCCUUCGGGUUACGAGGAAUGCCGGUCGGGUGUGUUCGUGGCAUGACUUGUGAGGGGCCCACGUAGAGGCCCACACCAUCAUGGUAGUCGUGGGGGAAUCGGCCGGCGACAUAAAGAUAAUCUCGGAUACGAUAGCCAGGGGCGACCGUCUGGUAAUAGCGCUUGGGCCGACGCACGGCGCGAGGGCGGCGACCGAUGUGUUGGACAUGUUUACGGGUCUGCAACCAAAUGCUCACGGGGUCUCCAACGAUCUGUUUUCAGCAGACUAUGUGCGUAUACGCAAGAAGUCGACUCCGGUCGCGGGCAUGAACGCCGCCAUGGGGACGGGGCUCGGCCUCCCCGUCGUACCCGCGCCAUUCCCGACGUUUGGACCAGGGGGGGGAGUUUUAGGCAUCCACCCUUCCCCGCUUCCCCUGCAGAUGGCGCUGCAGCCGGGGGUCCAGCCGCAGGUCCCGCGGCAAUCUCGUCGGCAGGCACGAUCGCAAGGCGCGUCACAUGAGGUGGCCGGACACUAUACCCAGGGGCCGCCCGGUCGGGGCGGGGGCGGCCGGGGGAAAGCAGCGGGGGGCGCAGGGAUGGGAGUACCGUCCCCCGGAGGAUCCGCUAGCCACUAACAAAUGGUAGCCGGCGUGCGUAACCAACGCAACCUCGCCCUGCAGCAGAGGCAAUUGGCGAACCCGGGGGUGCCCGGGCAGGGCGAGACGUGCCACAAGUGCCGGGCCGCCAACCGUGAUCCGAACCACCCUCACCUCACAUGUGCCUUUUGGAUAUGCGGCAAUUGCAAGGAGGCAGGGCAUCGCAAGGCGGCCUGUCAGAACCUGACCGUGCCGUGAACGAGCCGUAGUAUACGCAACAAAAGGAGUUUGGGGGGGGACACGGUAACAAUCUAUGAACGGGGGGGGGUACUCAUAGUCGUGCAUGCCGUAGUCGUUAGACCAUUGACCUCGCAUCCCUACAAAGCCGGGACGGAGCACGCCGGGUUCUCACCGGACCAGGGGGGGGGGGAUACUCGAGCGUUGCGCACGGUUGGAUUUGUUUCGCGGGUUCGAGAUAGCGUUUCGUGUUCCGAUAGGACGAUGCGGGCGGUACCCGUCGGACGACCAUAUCCCACUCGUGGUUCGCAUCAUUUGCCAAAGCAUGUCAGUGUAACAUUGGCGCAACAUGAGCGCUGACCCAUUCAGUGCGCUCCUUCGAUCGCAUGGGAUCGAGAAUAACACGAGAAUACCAGGUGAUAUCCUCGACGUGCGUU